AUGUCUUUCAGCACUUGUUCUGUUUUUCAGAGAAUUCAAUUGAAACCCAUUCAGUUAACCGAAACUGAGACAAAAAUCAGAAACGUUUUGGUUGAUUUUUGCGAUUAUUAUAAUUACAAUCUUAAAACUAACCAAUCUCAAGAUAAUAUUGUUCCAAGAGUCACUGGUGGUUGGGUUAGAGAUAAGCUAUUGGGCCGACAUUCAAACGAUCUUGAUAUUGCCAUCAAUGGUGUAUCUGGUGAAGAAUUUGCUGAGAGUUUAAGUCAUUUUUUGCAAGACAAUUAUUCCAAGUACGAAAUUUCUCCAUCUUCCAUUCAUAAAAUUAAAAAAAAUCCUGAAAAAUCCAAGCAUUUAGAGACUGCUACAAGUAAACUAUUUGGUCAAUCGAUUGAUUUUGUGAAUUUAAGAUCUGAAGAAUAUACUGAAAAUUCACGAAUUCCAAUCAUAAAAUUUGGCACGCCAUCUGAAGAUGCUUAUCGAAGAGAUGCGACUUUAAACGCUUUAUUUUAUAAUUUGAAAUCUCAAUCAGUAGAAGAUUUUACAGAUCAAGGAAUUGAGGAUUUACAAGAUGGUAUAUUAAGAACACCAUUAGAUCCUAAACAAACCUUUUUAGAUGAUCCUUUAAGGGUAUUAAGACUAAUUAGAUUUGCAAAUAGAUUUAAUUUUCAAAUUGAUCAAACUGCUUUAAAUGAAAUGAGCAAUAGGGAGAUUAGUGAAAUGUUGAAAAGAAAAAUUAGCAGAGAAAGAAUUGGUACAGAGAUUAGGAAAAUAUUAAUUUCAAACAAUGGUCCCCUAGUUGGAUUAAGCUUAAUCUUGCAAAACAAUUUAUUUAACUCGGUAUUUAAUAUAGAUGGAAUAGAGUCAAUUGCACAGAAAUUGAAUGAAAAUAGUGCUAAUAUGGUAAAUGAUUCAAUUAAUAAAUGUUCAGUCAUAUUAAAGGAUUCAAUAGUGUUUAUAUCAAAUUAUAUCAAGCAUCUCGAUGAAAUUAAAAAUACAAAUGUUUGGUUUUGGUUGUUUGUUAUAUUGAAAGACCUUGAUUUAUUUAAAAUAAAAGUCAAUCCAAAUAAAAAACAAUUAGAAGAGUAUUUAUCCACAGUUAUUAUUAGAGAGGCGUUAAAAUAUGGUAGAAAUGAUUUUGAUAACGUAACAUUAUUAAUAAGUCAUCAAAGUGAAUUUAAUGGAAUACUUGAUAAGAUUAAAGAAGACAAUUUAAAGAGAUUUGAAAUCGGGUUGUUUAUCCGAAAAUUGGACAAAAAAUGGAUUUUAAUGAUUUUAGUUGAGUAUUUAUUCAAUUACAAUAAUAUUGAAAAAAGAGAGAAUACAAUUAAACUAUACAAUUAUAUAAUUGGAAGCGGGUUAGUAGAUUGUUAUGAAAUGAAGUCAUUAGUCGUUGGUAAAGAGCUUGCCAAUAUUUUUAAUAAAAAAGCUGGACCGUGGAUGAAAAAAGUAUUAGAUGAAAUAAUAAUUUGGCAACUUGAAAAUCCAGAAAAAAAUAAAGAAGAUUGUGUGAAGUUCAUUAAAACAUUAGUUUAA